AUGGCCUUCCCUGAGUCAACUGCUUUUCCUCCUGCCCUAAUUUGGGGAUUUGUUUUGUUCCUAGCUUUAAAGGAACCCAUCCAAUCUGAUACCAUCAUCAUAGCCACGCUUGGGGGAGAGGCAAAUUUCCAUUGCAACUUCUCGCUCUCAGUGGAUGUUUUGCAGGUCACCUGGCAGAAGAGAAAUGGAACUUCCUUCCAGCCACAUGGGCUGAGGCUGAUAGGGUCAUUUCAGAAGAAGGUGCUUUUCACUAGAGGCUCAAAGGCCUCAGCUGUCACCUUCCAAAAUCUCACACUCGAGGCUGACUCUUAUUACAGAUGCAUUUUCAAUGUGUUCUGUCAUGGCUCCUUCAGCAUAGAGAUAUGCCUCAACAUCCAAAAUAAGUUUUCCACUAACUCCUUCUCUCUUUCUGGCAUGCAGUUUGGGUCUGAUGCAGAAGACACACAGUGUACCCAGAACUCCUGCAAAGGAGACAGGCUUUUACAGCAAGACCUAGGUGAGACAGCCUCUGUGAGCCUGCACACACUGGAAGAUCAGCACAUCACUUUUCAAAACGAGGUUCAAGUUAAAAAGUAUAAGCUUUCCUUGGCAUCCACCUGCUCCGGCACGAGCACUUUCCCCAUGGACAGCGAGCGGAUCUCUGCAUCCCUUGUGGACCUCAUGGACCACAGAGGGACAGUUUGUUUCACCAUGAUCCUCACCACAGCCUGCUGA